AAAAGUAAGUGGCGAUAUUAUCCACACAGGAGGAUGCAACGCGCCAAAAAAAAGGGAAGAAGAAGAAGAGGCCACGUGGUUUCUAUUUAGAUGAUUUAAACGGUCAGUGUGUGUAAAUUACGUAUAUUUUAGCGUUAAAAUGAGUUCUCAAACAGAAAAUGUUUCCCGAUCGCGAGGCCAAAAACACCAGAAUGUAACUGCAUUCAAAAAUGACAAGUAUGGAGCCAGUGCACAAGUUAAGAAAGCCAAAUCAAAGGUCCGUGAUGGUCUGUGCCAGCACUGCAAAGAUGUGCUAGAAUGGAAAGUAAAGUACAACAAAUACAACCCCCUUACACAGCCACGAAAAUGUGUAAAGUGUCUUCAGAAAACCGUGAAGGAUGCCUAUCAUAUCAUAUGCAAGCCAUGUGCACUAAAGCUGGAGCUUUGUGCAAAAUGUGGGAAGAAGGAAGAGUUUGUCAUUCCACUUGACAAGAAGGAAGAAGAAGAGGUAAAGGAUACCAGCCAGCCAAAUAAAGGGAAGAAACAGAAAAAAAGAGACCAGGAGGAGGAUGAUGAUAACGGAGAUUUUGAUGACCUGGGCUUCAGUAAUGAUGACUAUGAUAGUGAUUCUUGACUGUGAUUCUGUAAUCGCGUUUGGUCUCGUACUGUAUCGUGUUCCUUGUCAGUGUCGUACACUUGCUUGGGCAUUUGUUGUGAUAAACAGGAAAGUGUUUCCAAGUGCCAACAAGACACAGUGCAAAGAUGUACUCUUUGAGAGAAGCAGUCAGUCAGCAGAAGUUAAAAGCAGCUCAUAAGUGUAUCUAUUUCUUGUCCCAGUAUUUAGCACAGUUGUCGUUGUUAGGAAACGCUUGUUUUGUUUACUGUGUGGAGAUGUGCUGAAAUCACGUUUAGUCUUGUACUGU